CGCGAGCCAGAAGAAGACUAAACAUGAUGGAGUGUUGCUGUCGGCAAAGACAAAAACCAAACUGCUGUGUUUAUGAACAUACCUGCAGAUCCGGUUCAUGACCUGAAAUUUCCCAGAACUCAUCAGUACCAGACAGCUGCGGGUUUUCUGAAGGUAUGGAGCGAUACGUCAUUCUGGGUCGGAUUGGAGAAGGAGCCCAUGGCAUCGUCUUCAAAGCUAAACAUGUGGAGAGUGGAGAGACAGUGGCUCUGAAGAAGGUCGCUCUGAGGAGACUGGAGGACGGAAUUCCCAACCAGGCUCUGAGGGAGAUCAAAGCCUUGCAGCAGAUCGAAGACAACCAGCAUGUUGUCAAACUGAAGGACGUCUUCCCUCACGGUACGGGGUUUGUUUUGGUUUUUGACUUCAUGCUGUCUGACCUCUCAGAGGUCAUCAGGAACUCCCAGCACCCUCUGACUCCAGCUCAGGUCAAAGGUUACAUGGUGAUGCUGCUGAAGGGCGUGGCCUUCCUGCAUCGCAACAAUAUCAUGCACCGGGACCUGAAGCCAGCGAACCUCCUCAUCAGCUCCUCGGGCCAUCUGAAAAUUGCAGACUUCGGCCUUGCCAGACUGUUCAGUGAGGAUGGUGAGAGGCUGUACAGCCACCAGGUGGCCACCAGGUGGUACAGAGCUCCAGAACUGCUCUAUGGAGCCAGAAAGUAUGAUCAGGGAGUCGACCUGUGGGCUGUGGGCUGUAUUUUUGGAGAGCUGUUAAACUCCUCCCCUCUGUUUCCCGGUGAGAAUGAUAUUGAACAGCUGUGCUGCGUACUCCGGGUGCUGGGAACGCCGACCCAGGACAUGUGGCCUGAGAUGGUGGAGUUGCCAGAUUACAAUAAAAUCAGCUUUAAGGAGAAUCCAGCAAUCCCACUGGAAGAGAUAGUCUCUGACACAUGUCCCCAGGCCAUCGAUCUGCUCUAUAAAUUCCUGGUUUAUCCGUCCAAACAGCGCUGCUCCACCAACAAGGUGCCUCAGGAAGUGAAAGGCUCUCAUCCAUCCAUACUUCUUCACUUCUCCACUUCCUGCUCACCACUCGGAGCUCCCCAUCCCUCAGAGGGGGGGCCGACUGUUCCGCCAGCGCCUGCAGGCCCCGCCUACAGAGUUCUCAGUAGAUCUGCCCCUGCAGCACAGUGUGGUGGACCCUGCGCUGCUUCGGGGACACGCCUCCUGCCACUGGACUGCUGCCAACCAAUGAGCUGCAAGUUUGAAAAGCACAUGUUGAAUAGUGGAUUCUAGGUCACGUGACAUUCAUUAUUUAUCUCAUUGCAUGGAGUGCAUGCAUUUUUCUCUCAUUUGCACAUUUCCAUGACGCUGCAACACACUUGACACGUAAAUGCUUCAAGAAUGUGCGGAUCCCUUAGCUUCUUGUAAGAGCCAUUCCGGAAUACGAGGAAGCUAAAUCCAGCCGCCGCUGUGUUUGCAGGGACAUUUUUCUUAUGAAACACUGUCAGAUGAAGAAACUUGUGAUUUUUCUCUGGAUUAAAGAAAGCAGACGUGUUUCUCUCUUUCAACUUGUGCACAUAUGACUACACAUAUUCUUUCCUUUAAACUCAUAAAGAUUCGUUAAUACCUCAGUGCAGCUCUGAGAGCAAAGACUAACAAAAUACACAUUAUAAAUAAUA